UCAACUUUUUUGUGUCUGCCAGAUCUGCUGUCAAAACGUUCUACGCGAGGCGAUUUGCUUUUUUCAACGGGUUCGUCAUCAUUGCCUGGAAAUUAUCGCGAUGUCGUCUCGAAUCACGUUCUAACUAUGAAUAUCACUGAUACCUUUCGUACUAGGUACUCCGGCUAGUGAAUAGUAAAGUGUUUUCGGCAGUUCUAUCCUAUUUAACGCUAGCUUCACAUCGUUCUCUACUCAUGCCCUGCAAACAUUCGUGAUGUUCUAAGCGAAAACCAAACAACUUGUGCGUUUGUUCCGAACAAUAAGUGCUCACAUGCUGUGCCACGCAUCUGGUCCAUUGCGAUCCGAUGAAUACGGUGCCGGCCAAGCAGAAAAUGGAAUUCCUCAAAUCGUGCUGUCCGGGAACGUAAACAAAGUGUGUUUGUUUAGUGUGAAACCUUCCAGGGGCGCUUCACGAAACGCGCACUGUCGACAAUAGAGAAUUUCGUGUUCGUCCCAACAAAUGUUCCCUUAAAGAACAAGAAAAAAGUGUAUACUCCUCGAUUGCAAAUACAGUGUUAAUAUCAUGGGAUAAUCAAGAUCUUUAGUAAUGAUAUUCGUAUUGAACAAGAAAAAUAUGCAACACUAGAAAGGAUGAUCGUAUAUGCAUCAACGAAUUGAGUAGAAUCACGGCAACAGUCUACCACCCUCAUCAGUACUACCUGCUCCAUCCCAAACAUGAUGUCAAUCGGAUACGACCAGCGUACGAGACACUACAGUACGAAUGAUAGAAUAUCCGUUGACGACAGUCGAAGUAGCGAAGACAACAAUCGUUAGCCGCAUUGGGCAUUCGGCCAGCCGAAAUAGCCUUCGACUGUUGACAUCGAGCGUCAUCAGUGGCUGCGAACGCGCAAAAUGCAGGCAAAGAAACGCUACAUUCUAGUGAUAAUCUGUUGCGCUUUCCUAGCGUACUGCUACCUGGGAGGCUAUCGUUUGAAAGGAUUGCAAACACUGUUUCGAAUGCGGGUUCGUAAAAAUCCGGACAAUCUACCAUGCUAUCAUCAGUUGCACUACCAGUACACCGAUAGUACGGAGUCAACCGAACAUAGCCAAUCGCUACCGGAUGACGAUUGGUUUGCAGCACCGGCAUACGAAUCGCGAUCCCGCGACCUAGCCCCGCAACCGUCUUUCCAAGGAGGUGCAAUUCGUAGAGUGACUGAUGAAGGAAGUGCGACGUUCAAAUCAUGCCGCAUGGAAACCUGCUUCGAUUUUAGCAAAUGUAGCGAUAAGAACUUUUACGUUUAUGUGUACCCACCGGAGCCAUUGAAUUCGCUUGGGGCACCGCCGCCGAUCAGUCAGAACUAUCAAAAAAUCAUUUCGGCUAUCCAAGAAAGCCGCUACUAUACGACCGAUCCCGAACAAGCGUGCCUGUUCGUGCUCGGCAUCGAUACGCUCGAUCGCGAUUCGUUGAGUGAGGAUUUUGUGCGCAAUGUGCCGUCUCGCCUGCAACGGUUACCUCACUGGAACAAUGGGCGAAAUCAUAUCAUAUUUAAUCUUUACUCUGGCACUUGGCCUGAUUACAACGAGAAUGGGCUCGGAUUCGAUCCAGGUCAGGCGAUCCUUGCCAAAGCGAGCAUGAGCGUCCAGUCGCUUCGACCUGGUUUCGACGUUAGCAUUCCGUUGUUUCACAAACAGUUUCCACUGCGUGGUGGUAAUACUGGAUUCGUGGUCAGUAACAACUUUCCAGCCAACAAAAAGUAUCUACUAGCCUUUAAAGGAAAAAGGUAUGUCCAUGGCAUUGGCUCUGAGACCCGAAAUUCAUUAUUCCAUUUACACAAUGCCCGUGAUUUUGUAUUAGUCACAACAUGCAAACAUGGCAAAAGCUGGCGAGAUCUACAAGAUGCUCGAUGUGAUGAAGAUAAUCGGGAAUAUGAUAGAUAUGACUACGAAACUUUGUUACAAAACUCAACAUUCUGUCUUGUGCCGAGAGGACGUCGAUUAGGAUCAUUUAGGUUUCUUGAAGUGCUACAAGCGGGCUGCAUACCAGUGUUGUUGUCAAACUCAUGGGUAUUACCUUUUCAGUCAAAAAUUGACUGGAAGCAGGCAGCUAUUUGGGCAGAUGAAAGACUGUUGUUGCAAGUUCCGGAUAUAGUACGAUCCGUCUCCACAAGCCGUAUUUUAGCUUUACGUCAGCAGACACAAGUGCUUUGGGAGCGUUAUUUUAGUUCUAUUGAAAAAAUUAUUUUUACAACGUUUGAGAUUAUCCGUGAGAGACUACCAGACUAUCCCCAUCGGAACGGACUGAUUUGGAAUACGUCCCCGGGUGCUCUGUUGACGAUUCCAACCUUUUCCGAUACUUAUCGCCGAUUUCCGUUCCUGCUGGAUAAACUAGGCCAUACGCCCGGACUGAAUUAUACCGCCGUUAUAUUUGUACAGAUCGGUACGCAGCUUACACCAAACACGGCUUUAUACAAGCUAGUCAAAAGUAUUACCAAAAGCCAAUACAUAGAUAAGAUUUUAAUCCUGUGGGCAACCGAUAGAUCAGUACCGCCGAAGAAACGUUGGCCAUCGACAGGUCACAUUCCACUGCACAUCAUAUCGGGCAGCACGAGCGAAGAUCGGCCAAGCAUAUCCCAAAGAUUCUAUCCCCACGAACAGAUCGAGACUGAUGCCGUUUUGUCACUGGACGAGGACGCUAUAUUGAACACUGACGAGUUGGACUUUGCCUAUCAGGUGUGGCGCGAUUUCCCCGAUCGCAUAGUUGGCUAUCCUGCCAGGGCACAUUUCUGGGAUGAUUCCAAGAACGCCUGGGGUUAUACAUCCAAAUGGACAAACUAUUACUCUAUCGUACUAACUGGUGCCGCAUUUUACCAUCGAUACUACAACUAUCUGUACACGAAUUGGUUGUCGUACCUGCUGUUGAAAACGGUACAACAAUCGUCCAACUGUGAAGACAUUCUCAUGAAUCUUCUAGUUUCGCAUGUUACGCGUAAACCUCCGAUUAAGGUAACACAACGAAAGGGUUACAAAGAUCGAGAGAGCGGGAGAUCGCCAUGGAACGAUCCUGAUCAUUUCAUACAAAGACAAAGUUGUCUGAAUACUUUUGCUGCAGUUUUUGGUUACAUGCCUUUGCUUAGAUCGAACCUGCGACUAGACCCAGUACUAUACCGAGAUUCGGUAUCAAAUUUAAGGAAAAAAUAUAGACAGAUCGAAUUAGUCGGUAGCUAGCGAUUUUUGUACAUUUAUUAAGUUAGGAUUUAUGUCAUCUUCACGAACAUCGAACAACCAAACGAUUCACUAAAUCCCAUGCUAAUCAAACCCACGUAGAACAAGAUCUUCUUGUUAUAUUAAAAUAGGUUGAUUUUAUCGCAGCCAGUAAAGUUUUGCAUUUUAAAUUUAGUUCCAUGUGGGUAUAUACAGCCACCGGGGGGACAGGCAAAAGGGAUUUAAUCUUUAAAAAAGUAUUGUUAAUUGCACUACGCAAAGAACGAAGUGAUUAACAUUCAUCAAUCAAAAGAGCAUAUAUAGCAAAGGGCGAAAAGUAGUAAUGAGUUACGGUGUUAGUACGCAAUAAUCGAUUUUAAGUUUGUUGAACUAGUCGGAACUAGGGGCUGCUAUGCACAAUGCAAUGUCUGCAUGUCCUGCACAUAUUUUGUACAGAUCUAGAAUCAAAGUGGGCAACAUCAUAAGCGAUAUAUCAAUAAAACCAAAAUGUAAAAAAAAUCAUGCAAAAUACCCGGAAGGCAUUUAAAUAGUAGCAUAGAAAAGUAAUUUUCGUUAAUCGAUGGAAGAUGCUCAACGGAUGAAUGUAAUAUCCGUUAUCUAGGAUGUUAGCGAUUAAGUAGAAAAAAUGUAUAGCAAUUUGUUAAAUGUGUUAAUCGCAAUCGAAUGCAUCUUUAGAAAAAAGAGCUUUAGGCAGGUUUGUACCGUUUGCUGCUAAUGCGCGAAGAAAGUUUCGGAAAAACUGAAUUUCGCGACAUUCACGAAUAGAUAUUUAGGUUUAUUGCUCUGAAAAUAAGCCAAUGAAAGUCUAAUGCAAAAAUGCAUUAUUACAGCAGCUAUAUUAAGAAUAUCGUGUUGUUUUAGUCGUACAACACAGCAUCGUUGCCAUCUAGACCGCCGGAAAUAGAGUAGUUAGCGAAGCUGACAAUUCCUAAUGCAUCAAUUUUCGUUUGUAAAAACUUCCUUGAAUAUAAGACUUUUGUUCAAUUGUUUUAUAGCAUACGAACAAACGUUUGUAUAAAAUACGGUAAAUGGCACAGUGGCUAUAAAUUUAGUGUUACGUGUCUUAUAUUUUUAAUUAAAAACACAACAUUUCGAACAGAGAAAGUUUGCAACUUUCUCGAUGCAAUAACACUUCAAAAACUUCUCGGAAUAAAAUGAACACUGAAUCACAUCUGUAGGUUCAGCAAGCAA